AUGAAUUUUGGAGUGAGUGUCGCCGAAGGAGAAGGAAAAUAUAAACUUUCCAAAGUAGUUACCUUUGUGCCUCGUUACAUUGUGCGUAACAAUUUGAAGGAAUCAAUUUUCUUGGUUGAAAAUGGUUCCACUCAGCAGUUUGAAUUGGCUAGUGGUGGUAUCACUCCUCUCUACCAAUUACGACGCCUCGAAAAGAAGUCAAUGAUGUUGAAGUUCAGUCAUGGAGGCAAAUCGUGGACCUCACCUUUUGGUAUUGAUGACAUAGGUCAGUUAUUCUUAAAAGCACAGAAAGAAAACUAUGGGCAGGUUCUCUUGAAGGUAAAUAUAAUUACCGAGAACGCAUCUAUUUUCAUUGAAAUUGAAAAUGCAAAUAAUGACUGGCCCUUCUCAAUCAGGAACUUUACAGAUACAGAGUUUUAUAUUUACCAGAGUGACCCCAAUAAGAAUCUGAAUGGUGAGGUUGUGAAGAAGGAAGUGGAUUACAAACCAAUUUAUUACAAAGUUCCUCCAAAAAGUGUGAUGCCGUACGCGUAUGAUUACCCAAGUGGUGUGGUUAAGGACCUUAUAAUACGCUCUCAUGGUAGAGAGAGGGCCGUUAACCUUGCAGAAAUCGGCAAUCUUCGCCCAUUUCGUUUGCCACCGACAGAAAGAGAAGGUCAAGUAAUCGUUGAUUUAAAUGUCGUUGCUGAUGGACCUACCCAAUCCCUUGUGAUUUCCAAAUACGAUCCGUCUGUUAGUUUGUAUAAGCUACAAGGCGAAAGCGGGUCUUCUAACAGCUUAUCCCAACAACAAUUUCAGGUUAUUGAGAAAGACGAGAAUUAUUACACCAAAAUUGUGACUAGAUUUGAAGGUUUCGGGGUAUCCUUAAUUAAUACAAGGAACCAAGAGCUCUGUUAUGUGACAAUGAAGGGCAUUGAGCUCAGAUACAACGAGUCUGACUUGUAUCAGAAUGUCAGUGCUAAGAUAAAAUGGAUCCAGAUUGACAAUCAGUUAUAUGGAGGGAUUUUCCCUAUUAUCAUUUAUCCUACUAUUGUACCUAAAUCAGGGAAGGAAAUGAAUAGUCACCCAUCCUUCAGUGCGUCAGUGUGCAAAGUUAAGGACGAUUCUCAUGGUGUGGUAUUCAUAAAGUAUGCUACAUUAUUGUUGCAAGAAAUGUCUGUUGAAGUUGACGAGGAUUUCCUCUUUGCUCUAUUGGACUUUUCAAAAUUCCCUGGAGCCAGUUGGAAUGAUCAAGUUGAAGACAAACUUUGCGAUGACGAUCUUCAGAUUCCAGAACCGAAGAAACUCACCGAGGCGAACGACAUUUACUUUGAGGCGUUGCACUUACAGCCUACAUUGAUGAACUUAUCGUUUGUGAGAACAGAGCGAGUCAAUGCAGAAGAUAGGACGUCUUCUCAGAAUACAUUGAUGUUCUUCGUCAACAUGUUAACAAUGGCUAUCGGUAACAUUAAUGACGCACCAAUCAAGUUGAAUGCAUUGUUCAUUGAAAAUGUGCGUGUGCCUAUUCCUAUCUUGAUGGAAUCCAUUUCGACCCAUUACGGCCAAUCAUUCUUCUACCAACUUCAUAAAAUUCUUGGUUCAGCAGACUUUUUGGGUAAUCCUGUUGGAUUGUUCAACAACUUAUCUUCCGGAGUCAUUGACAUCUUCUAUGAGCCAUACCAAGGUUUUGUUAUCAAUGACCGUCCACAGGAACUUGGAAUAGGAUUAGCUAAAGGUGGAUUGAGCUUUCUUAAGAAGUCUGUGUUCGGCUUUUCUGAUUCGUUUGCUAAGGUCACAGGUUCGUUGGCCAAAGGCUUAUCUGUUGCUACAAUGGACAGAAAAUUCCAAGAACGCAGAAGACUCAACCAGCGCAGAAACAGACCUAAGCAUGCCCUUUACGGCUUCACAACCGGGGCAAACUCGUUCUUUGAUUCCAUAUCGUCGGGUGUCACAGGAAUCGCCCUGGCCCCUCUUGAAGGUGCUGCCAAGGAAGGAGCCGGUGGAUUCUUUAAGGGCCUUGGGAAGGGUCUUGUUGGGCUUCCUACCAAAACCGCCAUCGGAUUUUUCGAUUUGGCUUCCAAUGUGAGCGAGGGUAUUCGCAACACAACUACCGUAUUUGAUGCUGAUGGUUUGGAAAAGGUGAGACUUCCGAGAUACAUUUCGUACGAUGGAGUGGUAAGACCAUACUCACAAAGGGAAGCACAGGGACAGUUCUGGCUCAAGUCAAUUGAUGGAGGUUCGUUUUUUGACGAGACAUACUUGGCUCACUUGGUCAUGCCAGGAGAGGAGCAAGCGGUGAUUGUGACGUUCGGCAAAGUGAUUUUAUUUGUCAUCAACAGCAUGAAAGUGACGUGGAUUGUAUCCUUCGACCAGAUCAAAGCACUUUCACUUGAAAAUACAGGCAUUGCAAUUUUGUUGAAGAGACGCAAUGGUCCAUUCAUUCCUAUUGCUGAGAAACAAAGCCGACUCUUCCUCUACUCCAGGUUUAAGGUUGCGGUUGAUAAGUACAAUGCUCGGUGCCAGGUUACCUUAUAG